CGGGCCGCGGGAAGGGGAGAGGGAAAAAAAAGUUUUUGCCAAGCAUUCCCGGAAUGCGCUUCCUGCGGGCGCGGGGCGCGCACUCGGCCCGCCGGGCCCCAGCAUGGCCGAGCCGCUGCUCAGGAAGACCUUCUCCCGCCUGCGGGGCCGCGAGAAGCUUCCCCGGAAGAAGUCGGACGCCAAGGAGCGCGGCCGGCCCGCCCAGCCCCCGGAGCCCAGAGCCCCCGAGCCCGAAGCCCCGGCCCCAGAAGGGACCCCCAGCCCGGAGCCCGCGCGGAGCCCGGCCCGGGGCGCGUACUUGCAGAGCCUGGAGCCCAGCAGUCGGCGCUGGGUGCUGAGCGGGGCCAAGCCGCCCGAGGAGGCCGUCCUGGGGCCGCGGGCGCCCGGCAGCGGGGAGCCGGCGGGCGCGAUCUGGUACAACCCCAUCCCCGAGGACGACCCCCGGCCGCGCGCGCCCGAGACUCCGAGCCCGGGUCCGGGUCCGAGUCCGAGCCCGGGUCCGAGCCUGAGCGCCCCCUCCCCGCCAGGUGCGGCCCCGGGCAGCCCGCCCGGCAAGGCGUCGCGCGCCAAGUCCCCGGGCCCGGCGCGGCGCCUGUCGCUCAAGAUGAAGAAGCUGCCGGAGCUGCGGCGCCGCCUGAGCCUGCGGAGCAGCCGGACGGGCCGGGAGCGCGAGCGGGCGGCGCCCGCGGGCUCCGUCAUCAGCCGCUACCACCUGGACAGCAGCGUGGGCCCCGCGGGGCGCGCCGCGGGGUCGCCCCAGGCCGGCCACCGCAGCGACGGCGACUCCCCCGAGCGCCCCGCCGGCCCGCCGCCGCCCGCCGCCUUCCGGCCCUACGAGGCGGGGCCCGCGGCCCGCGCGCCCCCGGCCGCGCUCUGGGGCCGCCUGAGCCUGCACCUGUGCGGGCUGGGCGGGCUGCGGCCGGCGCCCGGGGCCGCCGCGCGGGACCUGUGCUGCCUGCUGCAGGUGGACGGGGUGGCGCGGGCGCGCACGGGCCCGCUGCGCGCCGGGCCGGGCUUCCUGCGGCUGGACCACACGUUCCACCUGGAGCUCGAGGCCGCGCGGCUGCUGCGGGCGCUCGUGCUGGCCUGGGACCCGGGCGUGCGGCGCCACCGGCCGUGCGCGCAGGGCGCCGUGCUGCUGCCCGCGCUCUUCCGAGGCUGCCAGGCCCAGCAGCUGGCCGUGAACCUCGAGCCCCAGGGGCUGCUGUAUGCCAAGCUGACCCUCUCGGAGCAGCGGGAAGCCCCGGGGACCGCGGAGCCCCGCGUGUUCGGACUGCCCCUGCCGCUGCUGGUGGAGCGGGAGCAGCCCCCCGGGCAGGUGCCCCUCAUCAUCCAGAAGUGCGUCGCGCAGAUCGAGCGCCGAGGGCUGCGGGUUGUGGGGCUGUACCGCUUGUGCGGCUCGGCAGCUGUGAAGAAAGAGCUUCGGGACGCAUUCGAGCGGGACAGUGCGGCUGUCUGCCUGUCUGAGGACCUGUACCCAGACAUCAACGUCAUCACAGGCAUCCUCAAGGAUUACCUAAGGGAACUCCCCACCCCACUCAUCACCCAGCCCCUCUACCAGGUGGUGCUGGAAGCUAUGGCCCGAGGGCCCGCGAGCAGGGCAGCCUCCAGCACUGAAGGGACCCGUGAACUCCUCAGCUGCCUGCCUGAUGUGGAGAGGGCCACGCUGACGCUUCUGCUGGACCACCUGCGCCUCGUGUCCUCCUUCCACGCCCACAACCGCAUGACCCCGCAGAACCUGGCCGUCUGCUUCGGCCCGGUGCUGCUGCCGGCGCGCCAGGCCUCCGCCAGGCCCCGCACGCGCAGCUCGGGCCCCGGCCUCGCCAACGCGGUGGACUUCAAGCGCCACAUCGAGGUGCUGCAUUACCUGCUGCAGGCCUGGCCAGACCCCCGCCGGCCCGCGGAAGCCCCGGACCCCGCGCCCUGCCUGCGGCCCCGACGCCAGUCGCCGCUGGACUUGCCGCUGGCAGCCCCGGCCGUGGUGACGCGGCAGCGCGAGCGGGGCGGCCCCGAGAGCCCCCCGAGCAACCGCUACGCGGGCGACUGGAGCGUCUGCGGCCGGGACCUCCUGUCCGGGCCCGACUACGGCCACGCGCCGGGCAGCGACAGCGACAGCGACGAGGACGAGGACGGCGAGGGGGCCGGGGGCCGCCGGGGCGCCGCCCGCUCCGACGACGACGAGGACGCCUUCGAGGCCCCCUUCAACCCGCACCUGAACCUCAAGGACUUCGACGCCCUCAUCCUGGACCUGGAGCGCGAGCUCUCCAAGCAGAUCCACGUGUGCCUCUAGCCCGGCCCAGGCCAAGCUGCCUGC